AUGCUGUAUAUCGAUAUCUACGUCGCUGUGGUUGGUGCGUACGGAGCGUCUGUAGUGAUUUACCGCGGAAGUCCUGGCUCUCACCAUGCGGCUGCCGGCGUCAAAAUAGAGACACAAAUAGAGCCGAGGUUCUUUAUUGGAUUGAAUCGUGCGCUUACAAAUAUGAAGAAGGCUCUCGUUAUAGUGACACCCAUAAUUCCUGAUGGACUCAACACUUCCACGCAGAGAUGCGUGGAUUCUGUGCAUAUUUCGGUAGGUGGCUUUUCCUCCAAGAAGUAGAG